CCGAGCGUUAGUGGCUGCUCUCCGCGCGGCGUUUCGCAAAGGACUCCAGCGAUCUACUUUUGCAGUCGCCUCGGACUGUCCAUGUGUUUACUUGCCCAGCCCGAGGACUCGAUGUCUAGGCUCCUGUGAAAUGCAACUGAGCAGCCAAAGUACUUUGAGAACACGGGGCGGCAUAAACACCAAAACUUUUUUGUGGAAGGAAAAUGCAAUAAGCAAGCUCGCCGUUUUUCGAUGCGGCGUGGAGUGAGUGUGUGUCGCGCGUGUCCGCACUGGAGGCACACGCUCGUGUGUGUACAUGGGGUGUGUUUUUCGGUACGCAGGGAGAAAAUGCUUGCCAACCACCGGAAACCUCCUGGAAUUUAUUAGAAAAUAAUGGAUUAUUAAAAGGAGGCAGGCGAGGAGCGGAUCUCCCCUUGAGUUGCAAGCCGAUCUGCUGCCGGCUCAGUUUGUUGGGAUUCUAUUUGUUGAUAGGUGUCUGAUGGUAUUCUGAUAACACCCCCUCUUUUCUCCCCUCGAUCUUUACAGUUUUUUUAAGGAAACAAAAAACACCCCAAAAAUCUCUCCCCCCUUUUUUCACCCCGUGGGGAUCGCUGUUUUCAUCCAUGUGCUUGCGUCUCCCCCGCGUUCCACUUAAACUAUUUUAAUCCUAGGACCCAAGGAGGAGGCUGAUAGGGGGGUGGAUUAAAAAAAAAAGUUCUUCCAAAAUAGUGUGCCCCGGGAGCAGGAUGGGGGAUUUCGCAGCCCCCGCUGCUGCCGCGAAUGGUAGUAGUAUCUGCAUCAACAGCAGCCUGAGCAGCAGCCUCGGCGGGGCCGGGAUCGGCGUGAAUACUCCCAAUAGCACUCCGGUUGCUCCGAGUGGCAGUCACCCCGCUACCGGCGGCUGCGGAGGCUCCGGGGGCCCCGGCGGCAGCUCGGCGGCCGUCCCCAAGCACAGCACGGUAGUCGAGCGGCUCCGCCAGCGCAUCGAGGGCUGCCGGCGGCACCACGUCAACUGCGAGAACAGGUAUCAGCAGGCUCAGGUGGAGCAGCUGGAGCUGGAGCGCCGGGACACCGUGAGCCUCUAUCAGAGGACCCUGGAGCAGAGAGCCAAGAAAUCGGGCGCCGGCACCGGCAAGCAGCAGCAUCCGAGUAAAGCCCAGCAAGAUGCGGAGGCUGCCUCAGCCGAGCAGAGGAACCAUACGCUGAUCAUGCUGCAAGAGACUGUGAAAAGAAAGUUGGAAGGGGCCCGAUCUCCACUAAACGGGGACCAGCAGAAUGGUGCUUGUGAUGGGAGCUUCUCACCAACAAGCAAGCGCAUCCGAAAGGAUCUCAGCACGGGGCUGGAAGCCAUCAACAACAUGCCACUGCCUUCAGCUUCUCCCCUUCACCAACUUGACCUCAAGCCCUCUUUGCCCUUGCAGAACAGCACUGCUCAUACUCCUGGGCUUCUAGAAGAUCUGAGUAAGAACGGCAGGCUCCCUGAGAUCAAGCUCCCUGUCAAUGGCUGUGGGGAUCUGGAGGAUAGCUUUGCUAUCUUGCAGAACAAGGACCUCAAACAGGAACCCCUUGAUGACCCUGCCUGCAUAGACACAUCGGAAACAUCCCUUUCUAAUCAGAACAAGCUGUUCUCUGACAUUAACCUGAAUGACCAAGAGUGGCAAGAACUAAUAGACGAACUGGCCAACACGGUUCCAGAAGAUGACAUCCAGGACCUGUUCAAUGAAGACUUUGAAGAGAAGAAGGAGCAGGAAUUCUCACAGACAACCAUGGAGACCCCACUCUCCCAGGAGAGCGUGAGUGUGAAGAGUGAUGCCUCUCACUCUCCUUUUGCCCACGUCUCUCUGGGAUCGCCUCAGGCCAGACCUUCAUCUUCUGGUCCUCCCUUUUCUACUGUUUCCACGGGCACUAGCUUACCAUCCGUGGCCAACACUCCUGUGGCUCCAAAUUCUGCCAGCUCACCAGCUAACUGUGCUGUCCAGUCCCCCCAGACUCCAACCCAAGCCCACACUCCAGGUCAAGCCCCACCUCGGCCUGGCAAUGGCUAUCUCCUUAAUCCAGUCUCUGUGGCAGUAUCUGGUUCAGGGUCAGGCUCUGUGGCAGUGCCCAGCUCUGACAUGUCCCCAGCAGAGCAGCUCAAACAGAUGGCCGCCCAGCAACAACAGAGGGCAAAACUCAUGCAGCAGAAGCAGCAGCAGCAGCAGCAGCAACAGCAACAACAACAGCAGCAGCAGCAGCAGCAGCACUCAAAUCAGACUUCAAGUUGGUCUCCCUUAGGGCCACCAUCAAGUCCAUACGGAACAGCUUUUGCUUCAGAAAAACCAAAUAGCCCAAUGAUGUACCCCCAAGCCUUUAACAACCAAAACACUAUAGUGCCUGCAAUGGCAAACAGCCUGCAGAAGACGACCAUGAACAACUACCUCCCUUCGAAUCACAUGAAUAUGAUCAGUCAGCAGCCAAAUAACUUGGGUACAAACUCCUUAAACAAACAGCACAAUAUUCUCACCUAUGGCAACACUAAGCCUCUGACGCAUUUUAAUGCGGACUUGAGUCCAAGAAUGACGCCCCCUAUGGCCAACCCCAACAAAACACCCUUGAUGCCCUACAUCCAGCAGCCGCAGCAGCCGCAGCCACAGCAGCCACAGCCUCCCCAGCAGCAGCCUCCUCCGCCUCCACCACAGCUGCAGGCUCCCAGGGCACACCUGAGCGAGGACCAGAAACGCAUGCUUCUCAUUAAGCAGAAAGGAGUGAUGAACCCACCCAUGGCUUAUGCUGCGCUUCCUGCCCACGGUCAGGAGCAGCACGCGGUUGGUAUUCCCCGGACCACAGGCCCUAUGCAGAACUCUGUGCCCCCAGGGUCGGGCAGCAUGGUCUCCGGAGCCAGUCCUGGGGGUCUUGGAUUUCUAGGCAGCCAGCCACAGGCAGCCAUCAUGAAGCAGAUGCUAAUGGAUCAACGAGCCCAGCUGAUGGAGCACCAGAAGCAACAGUUCCUUCGGGAGCAGAGGCAGCAGCAGCAGCAACAACAACAACAACAGCAGCAGCAGCAGCAGCAGCAGCAGCAGCAGAUCUUGGCUGAGCAGCAGUUACAGCAGCCGCACCUGCCCCGCCAGCACCUCCAGCAACAGCGGAAUCCGUACCCAGUGCAGCAGGUCAAUCAGUUCCAAGGUUCACCCCAGGACAUGGUGGCUGUGAGAAGCCAGGCAGCUCUCCAGAGCAUGCGGACAUCAAGGUUGAUGGCACAGAAUGCAGGCAUGAUGGGAAUGGGACCCUCCCAGAACCCAGGGACAAUGGCUACAGCAGCAGCACAGUCUGAGAUAGGACUGGCCCCUUACAGUGCCCCUCCAACCAGCCAACCGGGAAUGUAUACCAUGAGCACAGGAAUGACCCAAAUGUUGCAGCACCCCAACCAAAGUGGCAUGGGCAUCCCACACAACCCACCCCAGGGACCCAGGCAGCCAGCCUCCAGCCAAGGGGUAGGCAUGGUGAGUGGCUUCAGUCAGAGCAUGCUGGUGAACUCGGCUCUGUCGCAGCAGCACCAGCAGAUGAAAGGACCUGUGGGCCAGGCCUUGCCUAGGCCCCAAGGCCCGCCCAGGCUUCAGAGUGUCAUGGGAGCCGUCCAGCAAGGAGCACAAACCUGGCCACAGAGGAGCUUACAGGGAGUGCCUGGGAGGACUAGUGGCGAGUUGGGACCAUUCAACAAUGGUGCCAGCUACCCACUUCAAGCUGGUCAGCCAAGACUGACCAAACAACACUUCCCACAGGGACUGAGCCAGCCAGUCAUGGAUGCUAACGCUGGCACAGUGAGAACCCUCAACCCAGCAGGUAUGGGACGUCAGAUGAUGCCACCCCUGGCAGGACAGCAAAGUGCCAGCCAGGUGAGGCCAUUGGUCAUGCCUGGCCUGAACCAGGGUGUCUCUGGGAUGCCAGCAUUCAGCCAGCCCCCAGCACAGCAGCAGAUAGCAGGCGGCAGCUUUGCUGCAAGCAACCAGGGCCAGGCCUAUGAGCGGAACCCUGCUCAGGACAUGUCAUACAAUUAUAGCGGUGAGGGUGCCGGGGCUUCCUUCCCUGGCCUCCCAGACAGUACAGACCUCGUGGACUCCAUCAUCAAAAGUGGUCCAGGGGAUGAGUGGAUGCAAGAGCUUGAUGAACUGUUUGGUAACCCUUAAUCAGGAGGGGCCUAGGAGCUGCUCUGCUAGAAGCCUUGCAAGUGAAAAGGAAACAGGAUGGUGGCCCAUCCUUGUUUUUUGUUUUUUUGACCCACGUAAACUGAGAACAUGACAUCUGGCUGACAGUAGAAGGCACCGGUGUCCAUCCACAGCUCUGAGACAUCGUUCCACCCGACUUCCACAGAGCAAUCAAGUAGAGAGGGCGUGCCGAUACCUGCCUGCAGAGAAGGGAUGUAGAGAGCAGGUGGGGAAGUCGAGGCAGCAAGAGCUCCUCUGCUAAGCACCCCUGGGAUCUUCUGGUCCAGGAGCUGUUCCGGCCCAAAGGGACUAUGGCCCAAGAUGAGGUCCCCUUAGGCCUUCCUGCCUUGGGUCCUGAGACCUCAGCUUUGCAGACGAGAGAUGGAGCCUCACCCAGAAAAA